AACAAACCACCUGUUCUACGUGAGUUUGAACAGGGGUUUUAUCCUAAUCUGGCAACCUCAGACAGAUUUAACAGGACAAUAGAUGGCGGUAUUUGUGCAAAGAAAACUCUGACACGGCCAUUUUAGUAUAAACACAUGGUUUAGGUAUGGCGGUGGAUAUGAGAUUGCCUGCGAGAAAACAAGCGUUUCUGCCAGCUAUUCAUUCCAGUUCGGACAGUAAACAUUUGGUAGUUCCGGGGGAUGUUAUCACAUCAGACACAGGGUUUAUGAGAGGCCAUGGAACGUACAUGGACGAUGAAAAACUCACUGCUUCGGUGGCUGGUGAGGUGGAACGAGUCAACAAACUCAUCUGUGUGAGGCCGCUGAAGACGAGGUUCAACGGUGAAGUCGGUGAUGUGGUUGUUGGUCGGAUCACUGAGGUUCAGCAGAAACGCUGGAAAGUGGGGACGAACUCCCGACUGGACUCCAUAUUGCUUCUGUCUUCAGUCAAUCUUCCUGGGGGAGAGUUGAGGAGGCGAUCGGCAGAAGACGAACUUACCAUGAGAGACUAUCUUCAGGAAGGGGACCUCAUUAGUGCAGAGGUACAGUCAGUGUUUUCAGAUGGAGCCCUCUCUCUUCACACACGCAGCUUAAAGUACGGCAAGCUGGGACAGGGGGUACUCGUGCAAGUAUCGCCCUCGCUCAUCAAGAGACAAAAAACUCAUUUCCACAAUCUGACAUGUGGAGCGUCCAUCAUACUAGGGAACAACGGCUACGUUUGGAUUUACCCCACACCGGGGCACCAAGAUGAAGAGGCAGGAGGGUAUUACACAAGCCUGGAGCCCGUCCCUCUGUCAGAUCGGGAAAUCAUUUCUAGACUGAGGAACUGUUUACUGGCUCUGGCAGCUCACAAAGUGAUGCUGUAUGACACCAGCAUACUCUACUGCUAUGAAUCCUCUCUGACACACCAGAUCAAAGACAUCUUGAAACCAGAGAUCGUGGAUGAAAUCGUGAUGGAGACACGCCAACGACUUCUUGACCAAGAGGGUUAGAACGCUCGCAGUCAGCAUCAUGAAUAUGAGAAUACGAGUUCUCACACAAAGAUUCGCACCAGUGUUAAGAACAAGUCUUGCCUUUUCAUCAUUCUGAUUAAAAACAAAAAGACUCCAGGACAACAUAAAGUCACCAGUAACACUCUGAUGCUCGCCUGUAAAGGAACGUGUUUUGUGUUGUUGUUUUUUUCUGUUUUAUUGUAUUUUCUGGUUGUAUUAAAUCUGUGUCACAUCUCUGACAUUAAUUCUGAGAUACAAAUCACAGUCUACAAGGUGUUUCAAAAGUCUCCAUACAUAGGGGAUAUUAACACUUUACUUUAUAGUGGUGUGUGUAUAUAUAUAGAGAGAGAGAGAAAGAGAGAGACUGACUAACUCCGAUAACCUUUUAAGUAUUAAUGUAUGGAGAUUUGUACAGACUGCCAAAAAACAAAACAAAAAAGCUUAAAGGUUUACUCCCACCCAGUCUCUGUCCUCUGCAUCUGUAACACAUCUGUCACGGACCUGUUUACUUAAAAUGUGCUUAUAAUGAAAGUCUAAGCGCAGGUAUGGAACUGUCAAUAAACAUUUCAAAUAUGUGACUAAACGACAUGAAGUUUAAAAUGGC